CACUGUGUUCCCCCGUGUGUUCCAGUAUUAUCGCUAAUCGUUUAAACAUGACUGCUAUGCGAACUUUAUGUUACAAUUCUUUCACCUCCGUCCACACCAAUUCCGUCAACUGACGUAAAAUCCAAAGGUGUGACAGAAAUGCAAUCAAUCUUCUCUACUCAUUUCAUUUGAUUUGAUUUCAUUUCAGCAAUUAGCAAAUGUUUUGGUCUUCUCCACGGCCCUCACAGUUUGAUUUGAUUCAGAAUGGCAACAAGUGAGAAUGGUCAGACGAUCGACAGCGAUCUUCCCUCAUGGCUGGACAAGGUAACGUUGAACAAAGCGAUUGAACAGCAAAUUGGAGAGUUCAAAAAACUUACAAAAUUCACCAUAGAAAAUGACACAAAACAGGGUGAAAAUUACUCCUCGCUCAUUAUUCGCAUUAAGGCCGAUGCGGAAAUGGAAGAUGGCACCACAAAAUCCGCAACAUUCUUCCUAAAAGCCCAUCAUGUCAAUGAAAUGAUGUCCAGCAUUUUGGAGAGACUACGCCUAUUCCCCAAAGAAGAAGAGUUGUAUCACAAAAUACUACCCAAAUUUGAAAAGUUAUAUGCCGAGGCUGGUAAAACGGUGCAAUUUGCUCCCAAAGCCUACACUUUUGAUCGUGAUCAUGGCAUGGAAUAUGUCCUGUUGGAGGAUUUGCAAGCGAAACAAUUUAAAAAUGCCAAUCGCCUAGAGGGUCUCGAUAUGGAUCACAUGAAAGAGGUUCUCAAGAAAAUUGCCGAAUUCCAUGCUGCCUCGGCAUGUUAUGUCGAACAUUAUGGGACGUUUGGAGAAGAUUUCACUGUGGGAAUUUUCAAUACCAAAAAUAAGGAUUUGUUAAAGGAGUUCAAUGCUUCGGGAGCAUUUUUGAAUCAAUUGAAGAAAUGGAAAAAUUGCCAGCAAUAUUAUGAGAAGUUGAUGAACUCCGAUGAAUAUCUGGUUGAUCGCCUGCUGGAAGAUCAACGUGUAGACAAUCGCCAAUUUAAUGUCCUAAAUCAUGGCGAUUUGUGGACCAACAAUAUCAUGUUCCAAUACGAUGCCUUUGGCAAAAUCAAACAAACUCUCUUCGUGGAUUUCCAAGUUGCCAAAUAUGGUUCACCCGCCAAUGAUCUGUUCUAUGUUAUCCUCUCUUCGGCCAAGAAAGACAUUAAAACCGCUCAAUUCGAUUAUAUGGUUCGAUUCUAUUAUGAUAAUUUAGUGGAGAAUUUGAAAUUGCUGCAAUAUCAUCGUCCCCUGCCCAAACUGACAGCAAUUCAUGCAGCUCUGCUAAGGAAUGGUCUGGCGGCUUAUAUGGUCGCUUCAAAAGUGUUGCCCAUUGUCAUGUUGGAGAAAACCAGUGAUGCCAAAUUGGAAAAUUAUCUAAUUGAUGAAUCGAAAUUGAAGGCUGAUAUGUACGGAAAUCAUAAAUACUGCCAGGCAAUGAUGGAACUUUUGCCGUGGCUAGAUAAUCGCGGUUUGCUGGACUGGAAGUGAAAAUUGCGAUGAUUUUUUUCAAAGAGAUUCGCUAUUUGUUAUUGUUGUUUGUGUUUAUUAUAAACUUUGUAUGUAUUUUACAAAUACCUUAAACGAAUAAAUAUGUUGAAAACUCGGUGGGGCCAAACUACAACAAGA